CUCGGCUGCCAGCAGCGAGAAGCGGCGGGGAGCUUAUGGCACCCAUUAGCUUUACACAACCCCCCGAGGUGUCCUGGCCGAGGUUCUGAGGUGUCCUAGAAUUACAGCCGGAAUGUGGAGAGUACCAGCCACCGGCAGUGAUUUACCAGGGGUUUGAAGAUGAGGUGCAGACUGAGUUGUUAUUCAGUCUUAAAACUAACCAUGUCUUUAAAUGCAACUACACUUUUAAAUGAAGAAAAUGCUCAAGGGCCAAAAAGAAAUAUUGAGUGUUUGGAAGGCCUCGAACUGCAGACUCCGUCAUCAUUUCAAGAUARUCCACUUCAACAAUUACAGUUAGCAUCCCAGGAAGUACUGGAAAAGGCAAAAAGGAGUGGGAGAUCAAAAUGCCCCCGAUGCAAUAGUUCAAGGAUGUUUUAUUGUUAUACAUGCUUUGUUCCUGUUGAAACUGUCCCUACUGAGAAAAUUCCAACUGUGAAGUUGCCCUUGAAGAUUGACAUUAUUAAACACCCAAAUGAAACUGAUGGCAAAAGCACUGCUGUGCAUGCRAAGCUCCUGGCACCUGAUGAUGUUACAAUUUAUGAAUACCCUUGCAUUCCAGAAUAUGGAGAAAAGAGACACGAAAUAGCACUUAUAUUUCCUGGCCCCAAUUCAGUUUCAGUAAAAGAUAUUGCUUUCCAUCUCCAAAAGUACACUAAGAAAGGUGUCUGUGAUAGUGAUGACGACUGUUCCAGAGAGCCACUUCCUAAACAAGCAAAAAUAGAACCUAAAGAAGAAAAAAAUCCAAAUGAAAGCAUCUCAAGCAGCAGGAGUGAAGGCACUAGACUGAAGAAAAUAAUAUUUAUUGACAGCACCUGGAAUCAAACAAACAAGAUAAUAACUGAUGAACGACUUCAAGGAUUACUGCAAAUUGAGUUGAAGACAAGGAAAACUUGUUUUUGGCGUCAUCAGAAGGGAAAACCAGAUACAUACCUUUCCACAAUAGAAGCAAUUUAUUAUUUCCUUGUGGACUAUCAUCAGGAGAUUUUGAAAGAGAGCUACAAAGGACAAUAUGAUAAUCUGCUUUUUUUCUUUUCAUUUAUGUACACAUUGAUUAAAAAUGCCAAGUGUUGUGCAGGAAAAGAGCCUGAUGUGCUCACUGUGAUGAGCACAUUUCCUGAGGUGGAAGCUGAGGACUUGACCCCUCUUGAUAGUGAUCUCUUAACUGUAAGAAGGAAUUAGCAUGCUAGCUUUUGUUGUUACUAAUACUUAUGUCAGAUGUUUUCUUUGUGGUUUACACAGCAAUACUGAUAUCACCUUCAUGGCAUCAAAAGCUUAUUGAAAUCAGCAGAUGGUGUUCAGCUGUGGGGGAGAGUGGCAACAAGACAAAAUGAAAGAGACAUAAAUUGAAUAUUAUUUUCAAGUUAAUUCUGGAAAAUUCUUCUAGUAAUAAAAAAGUGGUCUCUUAAAACA